AUGGACCACAUCGGGUUUAUUAAUUUCCCAGGAAAUCGUGCAGUAGGAGGAGCCGUUAUACAGUCAUCGACAUUUGCGAGCUGGUUUGCUGAAAAGGCUGUUGAUAGUAAUCGUGGCUUCCAGCAAUUGAAUACAGCAUGCACCUCAACCCUUAAUGAGACGAACCCAUGGUGGAGGCUGGAUCUGCAUGAUGUUCAUCGAGUUAGUGAAGUGGUCAUCACUAACAGAAAAUACAGCUAUGCAGAACGAAUAAACGGAGCGGACAUUCGCAUCGGAAACUCUUUGGAGAACAACGGCAACAACAAUCCCAUAUGUGCUGUUAUUCCUGCUAUUCCAGCAGGUGAGUCCUACAGCUACUCAUGUAAUGGGAUGGAGGGACGUCACGUGACUGUUCAUAUUCCUGGAGAUUGGAAGACUCUUAGUCUUUGUGAGGUUGAAGUCUACGGCUAUUUGGCAGCACCUCAUAUUUCAAGACAUGCCAGGGUGAAAAUCAAUCCAUGCCAUCCAAACUGGGAGGUUUUGCAAGUAAAAAGGAAAUCCAAAGCAAAAGAUCCUGCCGAGGGAUAA